ACGUGAUCAACAGCUGAAUUCUGAUUGGCUGUUAAAUCAUAUAGUAUACAGUCUGUACAUGUACAUUGUAUACUGUAUGUCACACAUCUUGAAGAGUGAUAACAAGACUGUUGAAGUUUUUUUCGUUACAAGUUUUCGAGGCAGUGAAAAAACUGAGAAACUAUUGUUUGAACUGAUUAAAAUUUUCGAAUGAUGACAGUUUAGUGCAGUGGUUGUGAUUCGUUGGAAUAGAAGCAUAUAAAUUUUGAAGGAAAUAAAAUAGCGAGCGGUCAACACAAGCGUUGAAAACAUGUCAGUUGGGUCAAUCGUAGGCGGCUGGACGUCGUGGAACAAGCUCCGAGGUAACGAUGACGACGAUUGGGUGGAUCGUCUUAGUCAUAUCUAUACGGUAGUCAUUCUAGUCAUCUUCGGACUUUUCGUCGGCAGCGGACAAUAUGCCGGCGAUCCUAUACAGUGCUGGUGCCCCGCUCAUUUUACAGGUUCUUAUGUGGCGUAUACGAAGUCCUACUGCUGGAUUAAAAAUACGUAUUAUCUACCCAUGCAUGAAACAAUCUCACCUGACAACGAGAGCCAUCAAGAGAAGGAACUCACGUACUACCAGUGGAUACCGCUCAUUCUGUUGUUGAUGGCAUUCCUGUUCAAAUUUCCAAGUUUUAUAUGGCGUAUGUUGGCGGGAUUUUCCGGCAUUAACUUGACUAAACUAGUAGAGAUGACGGCUUCAACCCAGAUUGGAGACCACAAAAAGAGGGACCAGACCGUCGAACAAAUCGCGACGUAUGUCGACCGAUGGCUAGAGUCCAACCGACAAUAUCAUUGGAAUGUUCUAGUGCGCAUGCGUCACCGCGCUUCAAAAUACUUCUUCCUGUGCAAUAAAAGAGAGGGCACGUUCCUUACCGGACUGUAUCUCUUCACCAAGUUACUGUACGUCGUCAACGUUAUAUGCCAUUUCUUUAUACUGAACUCUUUCCUGGGAGGAUUUUUCGAAAUGUGGGGUAUCGAAGCAGUAAACAGUUUGGCACGAGAGCAGGUUACCAAGGAAUCAAGACGGUUUCCAAGGGUUACACUUUGCGACUUCAAGAUUCGUCAGUUACAAAAUAUUCAGGAUUACACUGUCCAAUGCGUGCUUCCUAUAAACCUCUUUAACGAGAAGAUUUUCACAUUCCUUUGGUUCUGGUUUGUCCUCGUUGCCAUAGUAACCUGCGCCAGUUUCCUGCUGUGGUUCUGGAGAACGGUGUUCCGCAGAAACCGUGUUACAAUAGUCAAGAAAUAUCUCAAAAUCAGUGACAAUCUUCAACAUCCCGGCGAUAAGAAGUUGUGCAAGCGAUUUGCUGAUAAGCAUUUACGAGACGAUGGCAUAUUCUUGAUGAGAAUAAUUGAGAAAAACUCUAAUGACAUUCUCAUGACAGACCUUGUGACAAAAAUGUGGGAGAUUUAUCAAAAUAAGCCAAUGAUCAAAAAGGAGAGAGAAGGAGAGUUGAAUGGUGAAACUUACCAAUGAGGGUAGAGAUUUUUUUCUCAGUGGCCACGCCCACAUCUAUUUUUAGCAGCACAUGUUCGCAAGAAUGACAAAAUGAUUGCAUGAAAUGCAAACAUUAAAUUCAUCUCCUGAAGGUUGUGUAUCAUGUUUUUAGCUUGAACGGAGCUUUAAAUACAACUCAUUUUCAUAUAUUUGAUUCUGAUUGGCUAAAAAUGAAGGUCUCGUUUUCAUUUGCUUAAAGAUAUGUAAGCUCCAUUCUGAUUGGCUAAAAGCUUGAUUCAGUCUCAAAAACUGAAACCUUCAUUUCAAUUGACUUUGCAAACAGUUUUUUUAUGUAUUCAUUGUUGUCAGUCACUGUUUAAAAGGCGUUUUAACUAGUCUUUUACUUGUCAUUUAAAAUCAUUUAGAACAUAUUGUUUUCAUAUUCAUGUUAUGCAUUUCAUCAUUUUUAUAAGAAUUCAUUUGAACAAUGUUUGUUUUUACGUUCAAAAGUGUUUAAUGGCAUAUUUGAGAAAGACUCGUAUAAAAAUGGUCACUAUGUAGUAAGUGGUUUAUUAGAUAAAUGACAGAAUAUAUUGGCCUUCGUUACCUUUAAAACUUGUAAUAGCUGACGCACCGUUCAUUAUGCUUUACUUAAUUUCCUUAAUUUCGGAUAGUUACAUUUCGGACAAAAGAAUAUAUUCCCUUAGAAUUUUUUUAAAGCACAGUUUUAGUCUACAAGCAUUAUGAUUUCCUACUGUUUAUAAUGACUGACAUGCUUUAAUUCUUAUCGGAAAAAGAUCAAAGAAAUGGUAUGGCAGUACAAGAUUUUAUAUCAAUCCUUUAUGAAAAAGUGAAGUGCAUGUAAAUUAUUGGACCAUUGGUCUAUGAUAAGACAAUCUUUGAAGUAGGGAUCAGUCAUUAAUAUGCCAAAAAUAAGGACAAUAAUUUAAAGCAAGGACCAGUCAGUUGCAUAUCUUUCAAAGAGUAGGUAAUCGGUGAUUGAAACUCUUUGAAGUAGGGACCAGUCAAUAAUAUACCAAAUAAAUAACUUCAAGCAGGGACCAGUCAUUAACAUGUCUUUCAUAUAAGUUAAAGCAUUUGUGAUUGUAGUCUAAUAAAUUAGUUACUUUACUGAUAAGCAUAGAUGUAUAUUGCCAGUAUAAAUAUUAUUUUAACAAACAAUGUCUAGACUUAAUGCCUGUACAAGCAGCUGUGGGUUGGUUGAACUAUUUUUGUGUUUUUGAUAACAUACACUUUGUUUUUUGUUAACAGUAUGGUGUAUCUUUGCAUUGUAAUAUGUUUUCGCGACUGUUGGGGCAAAAGUUGUCGAUGGAAAUAAAAAAGUGAAAGUUUUUUAUAUAUAUACAAUGUAUAUUAUUGAUCAUUAGUUUGAAUGUAUUAGAACAUUUAAUUUUUGAAUUACAUCUUACUAUACUAGAGUACAAAUUUAAGUUAUGAAAUAAUAGAAAAUACGUCAGCCAAACAUUUGAUUUAUUUAUCAUAUGGAGCCUCAUGGCAUUAGUUAUAUAAAAGAAUGCAGUCGUUUUAGAAAAGUCACAUUGUUAAAUGUAUUUUACAUUAAUUAUCUGUUCAUAGUUGCAACAUUAUUAUUAGCUUAAAAAAAUCUACAAAAUUAUAUUUUCUUAUACAAAAACUGCCAAUUACGGUGCUUUCACAUGAAAGAAUGUAAUCAUGUAAAGGUGUGCAUUCACGUGCGAGGACGUUAUAAUGUAAAGGCGUGCUUUCACGUGCGAGAAUGUUUUAAUGUAAGGACGUUUAAAUGCUGAUUCUAGAUCAUUGUGAUUCUUGCUGUGAUGUUUUCAUUAUUAACUAAAAUGAUUUAAUAUGUAAACAAAUGAAUACACCUUUUUAAUGUUUGAAGAUAGUUUACUAGUAAUUUCCAACCAUAAAAACAAAUUAAAAAGGUAGGCUUUUUACAAACCUUAAAAUACUGACAGGUAUGCAUAUUCUAAUCCUGAAAACAAACUUAAAUGGUAGACUUAUUCUGAACCUGAAAACAACUUAAAUGGUAGGUUUAUUUUGAACCUGAAAACAACUUAAAUGGUAGGUUUAUUCUGAACCUGAAAACAACUUAAAUGGUAGGUUUAUUCUUAACAUGAAGAGACAAUUUCAUAAGAUUAUUGUUUUUUUUAGAUAGGAGUGCAAAAAACAUGUUAUAGCAACAAUAUCAAAAAGUUUUUUUUUAUCAGGUAACAUGGAGAGAAUAUGUUUGAUGAAUGGCCCUUAAAAUGGUGACCGAGGGAGAUAAAUCAGAUAAUGCAUGUUAUAUGAUAUGUAUAAUAAGUUGCCGGGAUUUAUUUUACUUAUCGCAUCACUGUGUUGAUGAGAGUGAUAAAUAUUUAGGCCAGUUAUUGUUUUAAGUUUUAAUCUUGUUAUCUUAUAAGUAAUAAUUCAGUUCCUAGAUUACAAAAUAUGUACAGUAGUGAUGUAGAGAUUUAUUUUGGUGUGAGUCAAGUUCGUCCUAGGCCAGUGUUGUAAGAGAGCUGCGUAAAUGAUGCCAUUUUUAUAAAUAUUCUGAAUAUGUAUUUUGUUGUUUGUUUUUUUUUAAGAAAAAAUGAUCAAAUUUCAAGUAAUUUCGUUAUUACGUUUCAUAAUUAUUUCGUGUGAAGAAUAACUUUGGUUUUUGUUUAGAUUUUCAUUCAUUAUUUAUCCUUUUUUGUUUAAAUCACGUGGUGUGUUCAAAAUAAAUGUAUGGUGCUCUUUUGUGGACAUUAUGCCUAAGAUUUACAUUUUCGAAAAGAGAAUUUCUUUUUUUUUUCUACCCAUUUUACGGAAAUGUCUUCUUUUUUUCUGUCCAUUGUGAAGAAAUUAUCAUUCUUGUAACGAGUGCCAUGAACAUUGUAUUGUUUUUUUAAAGGUUGAUUAAUUCAUAAAAAGCCUUUUUAUCAUUUUAGAUGUGGUUUUAAGAAUAAAACUUUUACCAUUCCAUAGUAACUUUUGUCAAAGCAGUAUGUAAAAAACUUCAAAAAUGAUAAAUGUUUUGUCAGUUGUUUUUUUGCGUAGUCAUUUUAAUGGUCAUUUUACUGUGAAUCUGUAAUUUUUUUAUUCUUUGUUAUUUCAGAGCUUUUAAUUCUUAACGUGAAAGUCACGUGAUAAUAUGACUAUAAUUGUCACGUGCAUUUUUGAAUUUUAAAAAAGUUAGCUCCAUUUUAUUCGUGUGGCAUUAUACUUGUUCUUUAACUCAAAUCUCAUAUUAGAAUUUAAUAUUAUUCAGAGAUAUUUCUUGUUUAUUUUUCCACACUUCUAUACUGCCCGAAUAUUAUUUUUUACGGAAUUCAUUUGGAGACAUUCUCUUUAACAUUUGUAUCGUAGUAGCCUUAAGGACAAAAACAAAAGUGUACCGGACCAUGUAAUGGCAUGAUUUUAUCUAUACGUCAAGAUCGGAGUCAAUUAUUGCAUGCAGUAUGGACCUUUUGGAUAAAAUAUAAUUAUUAUUAUGUUACUUAAUUAUGACGUCAUGUUUAUUACAUCAUAUACUCAUCAUGUAAAUAAUAUAUCAUAGCAUUUUAUUUUUUCUAGUUUUGUUGUGCCUUAUUUUUCUGUUGUUUUUAUCAUGUGACAUAUUUUGUCCUGAAAGAACUACUUUUUUAAGGUUUAAGGUAUAUAAACUUGUAUAUAUACACACAUGACUUUACAACACAGAUAUUUUACAGAUCUUUUAUUUUGUGUUCUUAUAAAUUUUAGAUAAGAAAUUUUAAUGGGAAACUUUAAAAUAAACAAAAGUAAAUAAAAUAUCUCAUAGAAAAUAGCAUUUUCAAUUGUGCUUUUUUUCUUCAAUGUUUGAAAUUUACGUGCUUAUUUUAGAACUAUGUACAAGUGUAUACAAAUUAUUACCUACCAAAACGAAAAGUAUGUUCGGAAAUUCCCGAAGAUUAAUUUUUUCUGAUAUGUAGAACGUCGAAAUAAAAUUCCUGUAAUUGACAGUGUUGUUGGGUUGUAAUUAUUCUAUAAUUAUGUGACUAUAUAUAUAAUAGGACGUAUGGCUAUGUGUAUUCGGAACUAUCAGUAUUUGUGUUGAAAUAUUGUUGGUGAUUUUUGUGAUAGAAAUAAAUUCUAACGCAAGAAAAAAACUGCCAAAAAAUCAAUAAUUUAUAUUCUAGUAUUAAAAUAUCUAGGAUGAAAAUGAAAACAAAUUUUAAUACUGACUUGCAAGGAAAAAAAACUGCCAAAAGAAAACUAAUAAUAUUUAUCUUCUAGAAUUGAAAUAUCUAAAUAUAACUUUUAUGAUAUCAAUGACGUCACGUUGAUACUAUAUUUAGCUAAAUAUUCUAAAAAUAACUCAUCGCAGAAUUUUCUUCAUUUACAACUUAGAUAGUUAAAAAAACUUCAUUAUGAUCUCAUUUUGAAUUUGGAUUGUUUAUGCCAUAGCUAGAGCUCAAAUCUCUAAAAUAAUCUUGCCGUGCUUUUAUUUCUGUAGUUGAGUGAAGGAUAUUUUUUUUAAUUUUUUUUUUAGAUAGAGAACACCUGAGGAGCACAUUUUGGUCAAUAAUUAGAGUAGCAUUCACUUCUCAUUACUGUAUUCCUGAGUUGUGAUUGCUUUUAGAAUUUAAGAAUUUGUUGCUUUUUAGUAGUAUUAUAGUUUGUUGACACAGUGCCUUGUUAAGGGCCUCAUGGCUCGAUAUAGGUGAUUUUAGUCGAACAUUGUCAUUGGUAUUAUCGAAAUAAUCAAUAAUCGAUGGAUCAGUUAUUGAAAACUUUCUUAGAAUCAUGAACUACCGUAGUUUCAUAUAAUUUGUUACGAAAGCUUUUGAAAAAUGCAAGUCAAAAACUUUGAAAUUCAUAUAAUUUGUUUCGUAUUAUGUAUUGUAUUGUUCUAUGCAAAUUUGUUAACAAAUAAAAAGAGAAUAACAGUUAA